GUGUGUGUAAUCGUAUGUGUGUGUGUGUGUGUGUGUGUGUGUGUAUCAGCCCGUGGGUCUGGUAGUUGCUUGCUGCUGCUGCUGCUUGUGCCUGCGAUUCGCCACGCCGGGUUUUUGCAUUUCACUUCGUUUCCAUUUGCCGUUGUUAUUGUUUUAUAUUGUGAUCAUAAUAUUAUAAUACAUUACAGGUAUAUCAGUAUAUCAUAAAUAACCGUUGGUUGAUUUUUGAUUUGAUUUGUUUUAUUUUUAUUAUUUUUAUUUUUAUUUCCGUUGUUCACGCCUUCGUUUCGAGUUCAGAACUCCGAGGACACGCGCAACGCUUACGUGCGUGUUUAUAAAUUAGUGUAUCUCACUCGAUGAAACAAUUAUUCAAAAAUAAUGACAUUUUAUAAAUACGAGAACAGUACGCUUAACGUUGUCCGACAAGUAAAUAAACACUACCUAGGUUGAAACUUAUCUUCAUAGAAGAAAAAUACCUAUACAAUUUAUACCGGUUUGGUACAACCUCUGAUGAUCGACGUUCACGUGACAAUCGCGACGGAUGACCGACUCCUGUCAAAGUGUGUGAUAAGCUUUGCCGACAUUCCGUCGUUCAAAUCAGUCCAACAGGUUUCCGAUAUUCAAUCAAUUUUGUACUGAACAAAAUAGUACAAGAGUAAAUAUUUUCUUCUUGCUGAACACCCAAGUCUCAGCUAUUUCAAUUGAAUUAGAACCAUAUUCAUGUUUACUGAAAGUACCUAUCAUUAUCAACAUUUAAAUCAUAAACAGCAAAGAGAUAAGAAUAAAAAAUGAAUAAAUAUCUGUUUGGGGUUGAGGUGUUGGUGUCGACGGUUGGUGUGAGGAGUAAUAGCAGCCGGCACGUGGUAUCGCCGCUGCACGCCGCGGGCCGGUCUGGUGGAGCGCCGUGCGACGGCACCGCCCGCCGUGGAUUCGUUGUAUGAAAGUGUCGAGCAGCAGCGGCAGAGUUUGUGGAGGAGGAGGCGGAGGCGGUGUUUGCGGCAACGGCGACGGAGACGGCAACGACGCUGGAAGCCGCGGUGACGGCGGUGGCGGUGGCGGCGGUGCGCCCAACAACAACAACAACAGCAGCAGCAGCAGCAGCACCAGCACCAGUACCAGCACCAGCAGCCCUCCGUGCAGUGAGGGUGGUGGCGGCGGCGGCGGCGGUAGCGGCCUGGUAGCUGGCGUGCUGGUCAGCGAUCAGGGCGAAGUGAUCAGCGACCGGUAUGUGGGCGUGGCGAGGCAGUUCGCGUCGCGUCAAGCGUCCGAGCGUGGCUCGAACAAGGCCGACCAAAGCGACGGUAGUGACGACGAGACCACGCUCAGGCAAAUGCUUGUGAGCUCAUACAUGGUGGAUGGUUUGCGCAGCUUGCAACACCAGGUGACGGACAUGAGCGCCAACUUGACGACGCGGCUGGACGAGCUGCAGUCGCGUGGCGUGUCACCAAGCCCGGCCGCCGCCUACUACGGCACCGAACACCGUGGCCACGUGGAGACCAGUGUAGCGCUGUCCGAGAUCCGGACACAGCUGCACGAGCUCACCAGGUCACUGGAAUCGUGCCAAUCGGAGGUGACCGAGGUGAAGCGCGACAUGGUGGCCAUCAAAAACGAACUGGAUACGGUGCAACAGGUCAAGGAGGAGAUCGAGGAGCUCAGGGAGUACGUGGACCGACUGGAGCUGCAGUCGCACCGCAGGAAGCUCAGGCUGCUCGAACAGGGGCUUACGUUCUUUUUAUCCUAUACAAUUUUGGCGUCGAUGCUGGGCAUGCUUCAGUUCGGUUACAAUACUGGAGUGAUUAAUGCACCCGAAGGGAACAUAGAGAAGUUCAUCAAAGAUGUAUUUGAAGAUCGGUAUAAAAAAAAUAUGGAUCACGCGCAAGCUGAGUUACUCUACUCGUUUGCCGUGUCCAUUUUUGCCAUCGGCGGCAUGCUAGGUGGCUUCAGUGGCGGAAUCAUUGCCAACCGUUUCGGCAGAAAAGGAGGUUUACUGCUUAAUAGUUUUGUUGGCAUUGGUGGCGCUUGCUUAAUGGGUCUCACCAAGUACUUCAAUUCCUAUGAAGUGUUAUUUAUUGGCCGAUUCAUUAUAGGAGUCAAUUGUGGUUUGAAUACAUCGCUAGUGCCAAUGUAUAUAUCAGAAAUAGCGCCGCUCAACCUACGAGGUGGCCUCGGCACUGUCAAUCAGUUAGCCGUAACCACUGGACUGCUCAUAUCCCAGAUAUUGGGUAUAGAACAAAUUUUGGGUACAGACGAAGGCUGGCCUUUAUUAUUAGGAUUAGCUAUAUGCCCUGCCAUAUUACAAUUAAUUUUACUACCUGUAUGUCCUGAAUCGCCAAGGUAUCUGUUGAUAACCAAACAAUGGGAAGAAGAAGCAAGAAAAGCUCUGAGGAGGUUACGUGCAACUAAUCAGAUUGAAGAGGACAUUGAAGAAAUGCGUGCUGAAGAACGUGCUCAACAGUCUGAAGCUACGAUAUCCAUGAUGGAAUUAGUAUGUUCACCCACUCUAAGACAACCACUUAUCAUUAGUGUAGUCAUGCAGUUGUCACAACAGUUAUCCGGCAUAAAUGCCGUAUUUUACUAUUCAACUAGUCUGUUCAUAACUGCUGGUUUAGCCGAGAAUGUAGCUAAAUUUGUGACAAUAGGGAUUGGUGUAAUUAUGGUGAAUAUGACGCUGGUCACCAUGCCAUUGAUGGAUAAAACUGGUCGAAGAACAUUACAUCUGUACGGUCUGGGUGGAAUGUUUAUAUUCUCGAUAUUCAUUACGAUAUCAUUGUUAAUCACGGAGUUUUUUGGUUUUGUGCAGGAAAUGAUCGACUGGAUGUCGUACUUGGCCGUCGUAUCCAUACUUGGUUUUGUUGUAUUCUUCGCCGUUGGUCCAGGCUCCAUACCUUGGAUGAUUACUGCGGAGCUCUUCAGCCAGGGUCCUCGGCCUGCGGCUAUGUCCAUCGCCGUGCUCAUAAAUUGGGUGGCCAACUUCGCCGUCGGCAUAGGCUUCCAACCUCUAAAGACUGCAUUGGAUAAUUAUACAUUCCUACCGUUCAGCGUAUUGUUGGCAAUAUUCUGGAUAUUUACUUAUAAAAAAGUGCCAGAGACCAAAAACAAAACGUUCGAAGAGAUACUAGCUCUAUUUCGGCAAAACGGCAGAGGAAGCGUCUUGGAAUCAAGUCGCUUAUACGGGAGUAUGUUAAACUAUUCAAACGCGUUAGACGAGCAUUUACCGCCCUCCGAAAGGGCAUCAUUAAUGGUGGCUGAGGAGAAACCUUUGCCAGACUCAUCACCAGUACAACACUCUCCGACGGACCCGGAGGUGUGUGCUGUAUGCGUCAACACUGGCAGUUCCCUCAUGAUGACGUCUCCGAACGUAACUCGCCGGUCGAGUCACACGCUCAGUAAUCACGUUUGCCAAAUGGACUAAACCGUUGCAUAUAUAAUAUUAUUAUAUGCAUAUUAUUAUUAUUAUUAUUAAAAUAUUAUUAUUAUUAUUAUUAUUAUUUAUUAUUAUAAUAAUAAUCUAGAACAAAACGUUGUAUCAACUAAAAAUAUUUAACAAAUAUUUAUAAACAUACAUUAUAAUAAAAAAAAAUAGAGCAUAUAUUAUAUGUAAGGCUUAUUCGUAAGACAAUUUCGAUCUUUUUUCAUUAUAAUAUUUUAUUGUUGACAUAUAACAGCCAUAAUAUACCUAUUACCUACCUUACAUACGUUAGGAUACCUUCUACAAUCAAGCGAUUUCAAGAAAUGAAAUCUAAGAAGUUAAUAUGCUAAGUCCUAUGUACCUAUUCGUAUGAUCUACGAAUAAAACCAACUAUCUAUCAACGUAAUGGUUUUGGUAAUCAAUUUUUAAUAUUACAACCAAUAGACCUAUAAUAUUAUAGGUACCUUUGAUUAUUAUUAAUGCCAAAUACCAAUUAACGUCCUUCAGUGAUAUUCCACCAUUAUCUAUUGAAUAAUAUUCAUAGAUAACCUAUACCAGUUGAUUCAUUUCACAAAAUACACUUAUAUUUAUAAAUUCUUUUUUUUUUAAUUUCAAGAUGUUAAUAACGACAUUUUUAAAAAAAUAAUUAUAUUUUUUACUAUUUUUGAUCCUUAUACCUAUACUAAGUUUUUAAUUUUUUGAAUAAUAACAUACUUGCAAUUUUAAUUCUAUAUUCCAAAGCAACACAUUAUUCGAAGUAUUUCAAUACAUGAAAAUCAAAUUUCGUAUAAGUAGUUAAUUAGUUAUAAUUAAGAUAAAUUGAGUAGUAGACCAACAUUUUGUGGUGUACCCCUGUGCCAUUCCACUUGGCUCAACUAUAUCAACCUACUUCAAAUUCUUAUUAUACAUAAACUAUUUAUAAAAAUAUAUAUAUUAUAUUAAAAAUUAAAAGUAUUUUGAAAAAUAUUCUAAUUGCAAUAAGGGUUUUUAAAGGUAUAUUGUCAUAAUGUCAUUAUAAAAAGUAAAAAACUUUUUUUCAUUAAUAUUGUUUUUUCGAUUAUUUAAAAUUAUGUAAAAAAUUAUUUCUUAAAUUAGUGUUGCUUGAUAAAGUAAUCAUCCGGUAUUAAUAAAUUAUACACACUUAUAUUAUAAUA